AUCGCGGGUGUGUGAACGCGCGAGCGCGCCAUAAAAUGGAAUCUUGCAAUCCAGACUGGGGCCAGAAUCCGACGGUGAGCAGAGCAUAGAAGACGCAGGCCUACGUUGAGGUAGUGCAUGGGUGGCAGUAGUGGUUUAAAGAGGCCAAGAAACGGUCACUAUCGUCGUCCUACCCCUGCCGCUUGUGUGUAGCACCGUAUGGUGAUGAGCUUCUCAGGGCUUGGGAUUACUCCAUUGACAGAGUGCGACUAAUAGGGAAUGAUAAGGUUAAAUUAAAUCCAAUUGUGUGUGCGCGCUCAGUGGACACUUACUCUGUCCCAACCGGAACGGAGCAGACUUCAUUUCACCGCGUGCAGUCAAAGGUUUCGGUACUCGCUCCCCGCUUGGUGGUGUGUAGUGACCAAAGGCAAAAGAAAGUGAUCUUUUUGAACAGUACCAUGGUGCGUGCGACGACAGUGCAGCUUGCCCAGCAGCAGCAGGAGGAACGUUUUGUGCGUCGUCCCAUGAUUAGGGAGUUUGGAUCGAUCGUCAGCAUUGCGGAGAGUGCAUCGGGCAUGGAUGGGAAAAGUGGUGAUAGCAGUGUCAAGGAUGGUUGUGAUCGUGAAGGUGCUCGCGCACAGCAACACCAGUACCGUACCCGGUUUCUGUUGCGUUUUUUGGAGGAGAAAAUGUUCGAUCUCAGCCGGCAGCUGCACAUCCGGCAGGGGAAGGCCACGAUACGCCGGAUGCUGCGUUACAUUCCCGGUGUGCGCAAGUCGGCCAAAGCGAAAGGCUACGAGCAUCUGGUAACGGACGAGGAGCGCAGGUGGCUGGAUGCCUAUUCCUCAAGGGAUACCGAACUGUCCGCCCGGCUUGGAAUACCUUACUGCCAUUGAUCAGCUGCUGGUGCACCAGAAGGUGGAGCUGCUGGAAGCGUUCACCGGCUUCGAGACGGCCAACAAGUACACGGUGAAGAACACGCUCGGCCAGAAGGUGUACUGGGCGAUGGAGGAUACCGGCUGCUGCAACCGGAUGUGCUGUGGGGCGGCCCGCGCCUUCGACAUGAAGAUACUGGACACGUACCAGAACGAGGUGCUGCACUUUAACCGGCCGCUGCGCUGCAGCUCCUGCUGGUUCCCGUGCUGCCUGCAGACGAUGGAGGUGACCGCCCCGCCCGGCAACGUGAUCGGGUACGUCGAGCAGGACUGGUCGAUCCUGACGCCCCAGUUCAGCAUCAAGAAUCAGAACGGCGAGACGGUGCUAAAGAUAUCGGGCCCAUUCUGUACGUUCAGCAUCUGCGGUGACGUUGAGUUUGAGGUACUGUCGACCAAUGGAACGCAGGUGGGCAAGAUUAGCAAGCAGUGGUCCGGACUGGGCCGUGAAAUGUUUACCGAUGCGGACCAUUUCGGCAUUAACUUCCCGAUGGAUCUGGACGUUAGGGUGAAGGCUACCCUGCUCGGGGCACUGUUCCUGAUUGACUACAUGUUCUUUGAAAAAUCUGGAAACAAAGAGCAGGACCGACCCGGAAUGUUCUAAACACAUUCCAUUUCAGAUGGUUGGGAUCGACUCCACUCUACUUUCAAAACGCCACCAGCAGUUGUUAUUGUAAUUUAAUAUCGCUCGUUCCCUUCAUUUUGCAAUCAUUUUUUGCAUUGUUGUUGUGGUUUUCUUUGGAUGAUCAUCCUUUCAUCAAUUCCCAAAGUAUUUCAUCCGUCGUUACCGUAAUUGUGCACCAAAAAAAGCUUAAAAUCGUGCCCUAGACCUGUUUAGUGCAUUUGUGGCACAAAAUUCAAUCGUACAAGGAGGAAAUCUAAUGCACAAAACAGAACCCCUCUUGUCAUCAAACUGCUGCUUCACCAAAGGGAGAGGUAGGAUUUAGUUUUUAAAAAUGCAGUGGGUAGUACAGUACAGUGAAUAAACGAAUAGUGCUACCUUUCCUAGUUUGCUAUUUAGAUGAGAUAGGGAACACCGGGGUUUCGAUGUUUAAAAGAAACGUAUUUAGACGAUGCGGCAAUGCAUUUCGUGUCUGACCAGGAGUAGCAACAGGAGAAAAACGUUUGUACAUCGAUAGUAAUGUACAAUUGUUAUGAAAAGCACCACUAAUUUGAAUCGAAAAGUGCAUUUGCUUCUUAACAGUUGAAAUGUGUAAACAAAAAAAAGAAUUUUGUGAAACUAUAUACACUAGUAAGAACUUAAGCGUGUGUUCUCACAUCGAACGAUAGCAACAAAUAACAUCUCUAUACAAAAGAGCUGCCUCAUACAUUUUUUUGUUACUAGUUUACUCUACCUAUAUAUAUACACAAAAAGAUAUAUAAUUACGGUUAAGGUUUGCCACAUAAUAGUAAUAAUCGUAAGAAGGUUUCGCUCUAGGGCCUCCUUUAAAUAACUUUCUAAUGUACUAAACGCUUCGAACCAAUAGCAAUGUAGCGCUCGCUCUGGAUGUUACAGUAAACAUGAACUUCCUUUUAAACGCACAGUCCUUAACUCGCUGGUUGAACUUCGAUAGACGGCAAACUAUUGAACUUGUGCUUUUUUGUUGGCACGUUUUUCCUUACGAAAAAGUAUCGGAUUUUUUCUUAAAAAGACAUGAGAGAUGGAUUUUUCUAUACAAAAAAGGAUGAUUUUUAGUGAAACCAUCCGGACGUUCAACUAAAAAAAAAGCAUGCCAACUAAAAAAACAUUCAACCAUCUUUAACUCUGACUGUGUAUCCCAAAUUGAUUGGUCCCAAAACCGAAGACGAUUCCAGCAGAAGAGUCUAUAAGCUUUACUAAUUGUGCCGUACAGAGGGAGUUAUCGGAUGAGUAGGAAUUGUGAAUUCCUCAAGGGGAGCUACAAUCCUAAUAAGCGAAAGAAAGUGAAAUGAACUAGAUUGCAGCUGAUCGAAAGGUGUGCACAAUUCACACCACCCAUGUACCGAAAUGCUGUGUCUGUAUGAAUGUUACAUGUUAAGUGAUGAAAUACAAAGAAAUACGUUUUUUCUUACGACCGAAA